ACAUCCUCUAGCUCUGGUCCAUGCUGUCACUACAUCCUCUACUGCCCCCUAGCUCUGGUCUAUACUGUCACUACAUCCUCUACUGCCCCCUAGCUCUGGUCUAUACUGUCACUACAUCCUCUACUGCCCCCUAGCUCUGGUCUAUACAUCCCUGAUACUCGGAGCAUGUAACAGACCUUAAGAGGAUAUAAAGCCCAUUGGAUCAACUGACAGUAAAGUGUAGCAUCAAUCUUCAUGCCUGGUUUAACUGUCAUUUAAUAGGAUCUCUGGGUUUACUUUUCAAACAUGAUAGUUGUAAAGGUUCUGUUAAAUGUACCCAGCUGUUUAAUAUUUACUCUUUUAACCAUGCUUAUUCAUUGGUAUUCACAAUAAAACUAAAAGCCAAAUAUCCAGAAUAUUGUGGUUUACUAUAUCAUUUCUGUAUGACUGGCUUUUCUUUUUACACUGAUCAUGUUCUGGGUUGAUAGGUAAUGUAGUUGACAUGGGUAAUGGUCUAGGUUGAUAGGUAAUGUAGUUGACAUGGGUAAUGGUCUAGGUUGAUAGGCAAUGUAGGUGACAUGGGUAAUGGUCUAGGUUGAUAGGUAAUGUAGUUGACAUGGGUAAUGUUCUAGGUUGAUAGGUAAUGUAGCUGACAUGGGUAAUGUUCUAGGUUGGGAUAUAUAAUCUAGUUGACACUGGUAAUGUUCAACAAUAUUUUCCCCCUUAGUACAGUAUGGGAGUGCUUCUUCUUGCGACCCCAUAAAAAGUUGAGCGUGACUACCUUAUUGCCUUAGUAAUAAAAGUAUACGAUUUCCCGAGUCGUGUAAGCAGUGUUGGUGAGCAGAGUCCACAGGAGGGUUCACUGGUUUCUGCUCCAGUCAGAGAACAGGAGUAGUUUCAGAACAGACUGAGAAUUGAAAGGGUUUCAGACCAGACUGGUGUUGAGUGAGAGGUUGAUAAAGGAAGGGGCUGUAUCUAAACCCUGGGGAACAAGGGUUAAAGACAUGCCAUCAGGGCGGAUGAUCAAGCUGGUGGUGUAUGAGGUGUUACAGGUCGCUUGUCUCAGUGUUCCAAUGUUCGUGGUGAUGGAGAGGUUUGCUUCCCUGAUGCUCCAUGUCAGAGGAGAUCUGACUGCCUAUUGGUUGGUGGUAGCAGCUUCCAUUGCCUACGUUACCUCUGUAUCUCUGCUGGUCUGGGUUCCACUCCGGUACUUUGUCCUCAAGCAGCGCACGGUCAUCACAGACAUCACGCAGUGGAGACCAACAACAUUGGCCUAUGUGAUUCUGUGCACAUUACCAUGCUUCUCUAUUCUGAUCGCCGGUUCCAAGGUGCAGGUGGAUAAGGGACCGCAGUACAGACAGGACCACUUCUCUGAGCUGCCCGUCUCUCUUGUGCUCUUCUCUCUCAUCUGUGUGGAUAUCAUCGAGAGGAUCCGGCCGUGCUGCCUCACUGGGCAAGCAGACCAUAUGGAAAUGGAUCUGGACAUGCCGGGUCCUGUUCUGACCCACCUGGAGCAGGUGAACAGCGUGUCGGGCCAACUGUACUAUGAGAGGGGGCAGAACGGGGUGUUGGUGAACAGUUCUGCUACAGGGAGGUGGAGAGACCAGGAAGCAGUCGGCUCACGAUCAACCAGCGCGGCCUACCUGUACUCCUCAUCACACUCCCACUCUGGCCCGCUCCGUGUCCUGUGGUCCCAGGAUAUGAGGUCAGAGGUGAUUGUUCACAGCUUCCUGUUCUGGAUGGAUGUGGUGGAGCUGGUGCGUGUGGCGGGGAUUCCAGAUGUGUUUUACUCUGGCUGGGUGUUUGCUGUCUACAUCCUGGCAUUUCUGUCCUGUCUCCGUCUGGCAGUGACGCCUCACAGCGCUCUACUGCCAUCAGCUGGCUUUUUUCUGCAGGACCUGCCUUUCCUGCUGCUGCGCCUCGGUCUGAUCUCUGUCCACGGCUACAUCACACCCCUGCUUUACCCAAUGAAGAACCUGUUGGUCUGCCUUACAUUCACCUACUUCAACUUCCUGACCAAGCUCCGCCUCUUCCGCAGAGAUAGCAUGUUCUAGUCUUGCCCACCAGACACUCUCUCUCUGUCGAGACGUCUGGUUUCACAGCGCCUCAGAACUGGACAUGACGGGGAGUCUAUGGCAGGAGCAGUGAAAAGUGGUGUAAAGUACAUUUUAUCUGUACUUUUAUUUACUAUUUAUGUUUUUGACAACUUUUACUCCACUACAUUCCUACAGAAAAUAAUGUACUUUUUACUCCUUACAUUUUCCCUGACACC